AUGGCGAAACAAGACGACGAUCAAGAGGAGGAGGUGGAGGAGGAGGAGGAGGAAGACGAUGAUGAUUACGACUACAAUGAAGAUGAUGACGACGAUGAUGAAAAAGCGACUAGAAUCAAGAAAAGCAAAGAGUUGGGACUCUCGUGCAUGUUGAACACAGAGGUCGGGGCGGUCCUCGCAGUCAUUCGACGGAGAUCCGACCCGACCUCCCAAUUUAUGUACCAAGAUGAUGUCAUGGAUUCGAGCUUAUUACAUUCUUUGAAAUCGAUGAGAUCACUCAUUUUCAAUCCCCGUCAAUCGUGGCGGCUGAUUGAUCCAUCGAUGUACCUCUCGCCGUUUCUCGACGUGAUAUCGUCGGAUGACGUGCCGGCUGGCGCCACUGCGGUGGCACUCUUUUCUGUUUUGAAGAUCAUGAAGCUCGGUAUGUUCGAUAGAAAGACUCCUGGCGCGAAAGAGGCGAUAUCAAAUGUCGUCAUCGCCGUCACCGGAUGCCGCCUCGAGAAGACGCAUCCGAUCACGGAAGCCGGCAUCAUGAUGAGAAUCUUGCAGGUUUUGGCGGCAGUGAUGAGGCAUCCGGCGUCCGUAUUGCUCGACGAUCACUCCGUUUGCACCAUUGUCAAUACGUGUUUUCAGGUGGUUCAGCAAUCCUCGAACCAAAGCGAUAUGCUGCAGCGGAUCGCACGUCAUACGAUGCACGAUCUAAUCCAGAUUAUAUUUUCUCGGCUGCCGGAGAUUGCGGUCGGAGAUUGGGAGAACUCGGAAUCCGACACCGAAGACACCACCGAGGAAACUGGUUACGGGAUCCGUUGUGCAGUCGACAUAUUCCAUUUCCUUUGUUCGUUAUUGAACGUGGUCGGAAUGGUCGAAAAUGAAGGAUCGCUGGCUCUAACCGCCGACGAAGAUGUCCAAGUUUUCGCGCUUGUUUUGAUCAACUCGGCGUUAGAACUAAGCGGCGAUAGCAUCGGAAAGCACAAGAAGCUGUUGCGGAUGGUUCAAGACGAUAUUUUCCAUCAUUUGAUCCAUUACGGCACUUCUUCGAGCCCGUUGGUUUUCUCGAUGAUCUGCAGCACGGUUUUGAACCUUUAUUACUUCCAUCGCAAAUCGAUCCGUUUGCAACUCGAGGCUUUCUUCUUGUUCGUGUUGUUCAAAAUUUCGAACCAAAGUUACUUGAUUCAGCUCCAAGAACUCGCGGUCGAAGGGAUUAUCAACUUGUGUCGACAGCCCACGUUCAUAAUCGAAGCCUACGUGAACUACGAUUGUGAUCCGAUUUGCAAUAAUAUCUUCGAAGAGAUCGGGAAGAGUCUUUGCAAACAUGCAUUUUUAUCCGGUAAUGGAGCUCCGACAAGCGUACAACUCCAAGCUUUUGAUGGCCUCAUGGUCCUAAUCCACAACAUUGCUGAUAAUGUCGACAAACAAACGAACUCGAGGCCGACGGGCCCGUACCCGGUCGAGAUAUCCGAGUAUAUCCCGUUUUGGGAGGAGAAACCGAAACCGAAAGAAGAUAUCGAUCUAGAGACAUGGAUCGAUUCGGUGAGGCUGCGAAAGGUGCAAAAGCGGAAGAUAAUGAUUGCAGGGAACCAUUUUAAUCGAGACGACAAAAAAGGGAUCGAUUAUUUGAAAAUCUCGAACCUGAUAUCGGAUCCGCCCGACCCAAAAGGCCACGCGAUGUUCUUCAGGUACACUCCGGGGCUCGACAAGACCAAGAUUGGUGAAUUUCUUGGCGAUCCUGGCGAGUUUAGUCUUAAAGUACUUAAAGAAUUCACGGACACAUUCGAGUUAUCGGGGUUGGUCCUCGACACCGCUCUACGAACGUAUCUAGAAACUUUCCGACUUCCCGGAGAAUCGCAAAAGAUUCAACGAAUCCUCGAAGCUUUUUCUGAGCGAUUUUAUGACCAACAAUCAUCGGAAAUCUUUGUGAGCAAAGAUGCAGUGUUCAUACUGUGUUACUCGGUGAUCAUGUUGAACACCGAUCAACAUAACCCGCAAGUGAAGAAGAAGAUGACCGAAGAGGAAUUCAUCAAGAACAACCGAGCGAUCAAUGGCGGCAACGAUCUCCCACGAGAAUACUUAUCGGACCUUUUCCAGUCGAUCGCAACCAAAGCCAUCACGAUCUUCGGCCAAACUGGCUCACCGAUAGAGAUGAACCCGAGCCGCUGGAUCCAGCUCAUAAACAAAUCCAAAUUGGUGCAACCAUACAUCACUUGCAACUUCGAUCGGAGGAUCGGUCGGGAUAUGUUCGCCACAAUCGCGGGUCCCACGGUCGCAACCCUUUCGACCAUCUUCGAACACACUGAGGAUGAAGAAAUAAUUCACGAAUGCAUUGAGGGAUUAUUUGCGGUCGCCAGGAUCUGUCAAUACGGGCUCGAAGAUACCCUCGACGAGCUUAUUUCCUCGUUUUGCAAAUUCACGACUCUGUUAAAUCCGUACGCUUCGGUCGAAGAAACUCUGUUUUCGUUCGGCCAUGAUUUGAAGCCUCGAAUGGCGACACUUGCAGUUUUCACCGUCGCUAAUAACUUUAAGAAUUCGAUCCGAGGAGGGUGGAGAAGCAUUAUCGACUGUUUAUUAAAGCUAAAACGGCUUAAACUCCUACCGCAACCUAUUGUGGACGUCGGGACUUCUUCCGCCAACGGCCGCCCACACCGCCGCACGGAAUCGGAGUCGAUAAGCAACGAUCAAGCAGGACGGAUUAACACCUCUAACUUGAUGGCGGCAAUAUCUCAUUGUUUAUCGAUGGAAAACGUCGAAGAGAGUUUGAAUUUAGGAAUAAGCGAAUUCGAGCAGAAUUUGAAAGUGAUUCAACAAUGCAAGAUCGGAAGCAUCUUUAGCAAGAGCUCGAAUCUGCCGAUCGAGCCGUUGCUAAAUCUCGGCCGAUCCCUCAUCUUUGCCGCGGCCGGAAAAGGACAGAAGUUCAGCACUCCGCUUGAAGAAGAAGAAACGGUUCAGUUCUGUUGGGACCUGAUUCAAGCCAUGGCUUCUUGUAACGUCCACCGGCUCGCAUCGUUCUGGCCGGCGUACAACGAUUAUCUUCUAACCGUAAUCCAGUUCCCGUUGUUUUCGCCAAACCCGUUCGCUGAGAAAGCCAUUACCGCAUUGAUGAGAAUCUGCAUAAAGCUUCUUGCGUCCAAAUCAAACGAAAAGCAGUCCGAAGAACUUCUUUUCAAAUCGAUAAACUUGAUGUGGAAAUUGGACCGGGAAAUUCUCGAUACAUGUAACGAGUUCAUAAUCCAAUCGAUAACGAAGAUCUUGAACAAGUACUCCUCGAAUUUACUCUCGCAAUUAGGAUGGAAAACAGUUCUUCAUCUGUUAUCAAUCACCGGACGACAUCCCGAAACGUAUGAUCGUGGAGUCGAAGCUCUCAUAAACCUAAUGGCGGACGGAACCGGCAUUUCCAUUGCAAAUUACCCGUACUGCAUCGAUUGUGCAUUCGGGUUCGUCGCCCUGAGAAACAGUCCGGUGGACAAGAACAUGAGGUUGAUGGAUUUGAUGGCGGAUUCGGUGAAAUUGAUAGUUGACCGGUUGAGAAACGGGUACUCCGAUCCGGGAAGUAAUCCAUCCAUCAACAGUUCAGCAUCUCUCGAUGAAAACAUGAAAUAUCUCGCAUCCACGACCAAUAUGUCGAUGAAUCUGUUCGUGAAGCUCGGUGAAGCGUUACGAAAAACGAGCUUAGCAAGACGAGAAGAGGUUCGAAACUACGCGGUUUCGUCCCUCCAGAAAAGCUUCAUGAAUGCCCAAGAGCUUUAUUUCACUCCAACCAACAUUAUAAACUGCUUCAAUCUCGUGAUUUUUGCGAUGGUCGACGAUCUACAUGAAAAAAUGUUGGAGUAUUCGACUCGAGAGAAUGCGGAACGGGAAACGAGAAGCAUGGAAGGGACCCUGAAGUUGGCAAUGGAGGUUCUUGUUGAUGUUUAUUUGCAGUAUCUGAAACUGCUGAUGGAGAGUUCGGGGUUCAAGACGUUUUGGUUGGGGAUAUUGAGACGGAUGGAUACGUGUAUGAAAGCGGAUCUUGGGACGUACGGAGAGUCGAAAAUCAAAGAACAGGUACCGGAAUUGUUGAAGAAGAUGAUCACGACGAUGCGCGAGAAAGAAGUUUUGGUGCUGCAAGAAGGGAACGAUUUGUGGGAAAUCACGUAUAUUCAGAUACAAUGGAUCGCUCCUGAACUUAAAGACGAGCUUUUCCCGGAUGCCGCUUAG